CGGGCGGGGGCAGCCAGCGGAGGAGCGGAGCGAGGAGGAUGCGAGUGCGGCGGCGCCGCCCCGGCCCCGCGCUGCGCUGAGCUAAGCCGAGCCGAGCCGAACCAACCCAGGGUAUGUUUUCGAGCCAGUUGUGAGGAAAUGUGGUGAAUGUAAACUUGCUCUGUUCAGGGGGGAAACUGUGCUGAGGCUUGCAUUAGCCCUUUUGGCCACAGCCUUGUGUGGGGAGUUCAUGUCGAGCUGAUUGCUUCCCAGGACCCCGGGUCUCAUAUUCAGUCUCUGCUUCGGAGGAUAGAGUCCUCUCUCUCCCUCUCAUCCUGAUUUUAGAUAAUGGGCUGUGUGCAAUGUAAGGAUAAAGAGGCAACAAAACUGACUGACGAGAGGGAUGGCAGUUUAACUCAAAGCUCAGGCUACCGCUAUGGGACAGAUCCUACUCCGCAGCACUAUCCUAGCUUUGGUGUGACUUCAAUCCCAAACUACAACAACUUCCAUGCCACAGGAGGCCAAGGACUGACCGUGUUUGGUGGAGUCAACUCCUCCUCUCAUACAGGGACGCUGCGUACAAGAGGAGGAACAGGUGUAACUCUUUUUGUGGCGCUUUAUGACUAUGAAGCAAGAACAGAAGAUGACUUGAGUUUUCACAAAGGAGAAAAAUUUCAGAUACUUAACAGCUCGGAAGGAGACUGGUGGGAGGCCCGUUCCUUGACAACAGGCGAAACUGGUUACAUUCCCAGUAAUUAUGUGGCUCCAGUCGAUUCCAUCCAAGCAGAGGAGUGGUACUUUGGCAAGCUUGGCCGAAAAGAUGCCGAGAGGCAGCUGCUGUCGUUUGGAAACCCCAGAGGUACCUUCCUGAUCCGGGAAAGUGAAACUACCAAAGGUGCCUAUUCCCUGUCUAUUCGAGACUGGGAUGAUAUGAAAGGAGAUCAUGUCAAACAUUAUAAGAUUCGUAAACUUGACAAUGGUGGAUAUUAUAUCACAACUCGGGCACAAUUUGAAACUCUUCAGCAGCUGGUUCAGCAUUACUCAGAGAGAGCUGCAGGUCUUUGCUGCCGCUUAGUAGUCCCCUGUCAUAAAGGAAUGCCAAGGCUUACUGAUCUGUCUGUCAAAACCAAAGAUGUCUGGGAAAUUCCACGAGAGUCCCUACAGUUGAUCAAGAGACUGGGAAAUGGGCAGUUUGGGGAAGUAUGGAUGGGUACGUGGAAUGGAAAUACUAAAGUGGCUAUCAAGACCCUGAAGCCUGGCACCAUGUCUCCAGAAUCCUUCUUAGAGGAAGCCCAAAUCAUGAAGAAGCUAAAACAUGACAAAUUGGUCCAAUUGUAUGCUGUGGUAUCUGAAGAGCCUAUCUAUAUUGUCACGGAGUACAUGAGUAAAGGGAGUUUGCUAGAUUUCUUAAAGGAUGGAGAAGGAAGAGCUUUGAAGUUACCGAAUUUGGUGGACAUGGCAGCCCAGGUGGCCGCGGGAAUGGCGUACAUCGAGCGGAUGAAUUACAUACACAGAGAUCUGCGGUCUGCAAACAUCCUGGUGGGCAACGGCCUAAUAUGCAAGAUUGCCGACUUUGGACUGGCAAGACUGAUUGAAGACAAUGAAUAUACAGCCAGACAAGGUGCCAAAUUUCCCAUUAAAUGGACUGCACCAGAAGCGGCACUGUAUGGAAGGUUCACAAUAAAGUCAGAUGUGUGGUCUUUUGGGAUCCUACUGACAGAGCUGGUAACAAAAGGGAGAGUGCCAUACCCAGGCAUGAAUAACCGUGAAGUCUUGGAGCAAGUAGAACGAGGUUAUCGGAUGCCAUGUCCUCAGGACUGUCCCAUCUCCUUGCAUGAGCUUAUGAUUCACUGCUGGAAAAAAGACCCAGAGGAGCGUCCAACUUUUGAAUAUUUACAGGGUUUUCUUGAAGACUACUUCACUGCAACAGAACCCCAGUACCAGCCCGGUGACAACCUGUAAAUCCCUGGUUUCCAGACACUGUCAUGAAUUACCAGGUGUUUCUCAGCCCUGUCCCACCUGCUCUCCACCUUCCAACUCUGUGAUCGGCUUCUCCAGAGUGCAACAUCUUCCAGCACUGCAGUGCACAGGAGGGGCUGAAGCUGGGAACUUCAACAGCCCUUGCCUAUGACCACUUGUCCUAAUAAUCUGAAUGUCCUGGAUGAAAAGGAGAAAAACACUUCUUUUUUCUUAAUCAAAGACUCCAAAACUGCAUUGUAUUGAUGUUAUGUAAACUGCAAAACCUCUGUUCAUUGUAAAUAGUAACUCAGUGCCAAUAACUGAUCCUAGUGCUUUCCUUUUUUUAAAAUGCAAAACCUAUGUGAUUUUAACUAGUCUUCUCCUGAUUCAACUAAAAGUAUUAUUUUCCAGAAGUGGCCUCUUUGUCUAAAACAUUUUUUUUUCAUGUUUUAACAAAUAAAAAAUCAGGACAGGUGUUUGGGUUUUUGCUUUUUUAUAUAUAAAAUAUAUAUAAUAUAUAUACAUACCUGUACAUACAGUAUAUGGGUGCUAUUGCAGAGGAGGCUCAUUUGGAAUUGAAUGAAUCCUGCUGCAGCUGUACCCAGAAAGCGAUAAUUUUACUGCAGACAUGAAAACACUGGUGGGAUUCUGAAAGCCAGUGAUCUAAUUUUUGGCUUUUGCCAAGCAUGAUUUUUUUAAAUUGGAUUGCACUUUUUGUUUAUGAUUAUGUACCUGUAGAUGGUUGUAACUUUGCUCUUUCAGGAAUCACGUGCUGUAUUUACAGUAAUGUUUCCAAUGUUUGACAAGUGUGUGAUGAUUUGUUCUUGAAAUUAAAACGAACAUAUUUAAAGCAAGAAAACUACACCAUCACUGUUUGAACUGGAAAAUUAAAACUGCAAGGACUUCUUGUAUCAAAACAUGUAUACUGAAAUGUUUCAAAAAGAUUUAUUAAGCAGUGUAAUUCACAUUCAAACUUAAAAUCAUAGCAUUUUAGCCAUGUCCCCCUGCUAAACUGUUGGUCAUGCAACUAGGAUUUUUCUGUUUUAUGUGUAACAUUUUUCCAUUGUAAAAUAAGUGUGUUAAGUGUCCUGUACUGCUAAUGAAAUUACUUUCUCUGUGUCUGCAAGUUCUCCAGUGGAAUUACUAUGCACUUCUUUACAUUUCAUGGGGGAUGCACAGAACAAAGUAUUACCUUUUCAGUUGUCUGUACCAGCCUUGAAUUACUUACGUUUAACCAAAAAACACAAAAAAAAUUCCUUUCUAUUUCUAUUGAGUUUUUAAUACUGAGUUGCAAAUUUUAAAGUCUUAAUUACAUUUUGUUAUGGUUUAUUUGCAAGUUUACAUUUUAAAACUGUUUAACUUUCUUAAUUUAGUAAUUAAAAAAAAGAGCAUUUUACAUUUGGAUAGUUGUUUUUUUGUUUAAACUGUGGAGCUAAUGGUGGACAUGAGAUUAAAACUUUUCAAGAAGGGGUGUCAUGCCGCUUGGGGCAUCAUAUUUCAUAGGAGCAUGCAGACCAGUAACCUAUGGGACAUCAUUUUCCAAAUUACGAAGUCAGUAUGUUUUUAAACAGCUGGAGUUCAACUGUAAGGAAGAUGGCUGAAUGCAUUGCUAGUCUCAUUUCUCUGUUCUACAGCAGUUUGGUUCUUUAUUAGUUCUGUUGCAUUUAACAUGAAUACUCUUACAAGUGUUGCAGGAAAAGCUUUUCUAUGUCUUGUAUUGCUGUUACUGCUUUAAAAGAUGGUGGCCAACUAAGACUUCCUGCCAGCCGAAACUUUUUUUUUUAAAUUACUUAGUACUUAGAUUGUGAAUUCAUGUCCUGAAGAUUCACACAUUUUCUAAAGAGAACCUUUCUUCAUUUGUGAAAACUAACCCAA